AUGGCGGAACCUAAAAAUAAACUCGUUAAAGUUAUCGUAGAUGCAGGAUACCACUUAUUGAAUUAUCUUGGCGGAGUAGACGCUACAAAUUAUCUUGAAAUUGUACGGACAGAUCUUCAAAUUUGUUCAUUAGCAAUUGUAUCUGACCAUGAGUUCUUUGAGAUUCUCAAGACAUUUAACCAUGAUCAACCAUUUACUGUUCCUGAAGAAAUGUAUCAGUGUUACUUGCAUGAGAAUAACAUCAUUGAUUUUCGAUUAGUACCGGUUCAUCCGUGUGAUCUGUUAUUGAAACAACCAAUACAACGUCUUUACGUACAUUCAUCUUUCACCGCCGAAGCAUUUGAAAAGUUAUCGAAAACCUAUCGAACAUCAAUUUUUCAAUGCUAUUCACGUUUACUCUCUUUCAAUACUGAUUUUUAUUCGGCUAAUUAUGGACUUCUGGAUUAUGAACUAUACGCUGAAACUGUAGGCUCCAAUAGAGAUUUAAAUGAUUACGAAAAGAGAUUUUUCAAACGUAGCACAUUCUUUCAAGUGCACAACAAUCCACAGAACUCAAUUGAAUUCGUUAAAACUCUCAAUGAGUUUCUUACAAAUUUUACUGAUCGUUUUCUGUCUGUUUAUUGGAUCGAAGCUAUUGAUUUUUCGAAAUUCAUCAUUACGGGAGGUUCUGUGAUCAACUCAUUGUGUCAAGUAUCAUUUUCCGAUACUCAUGAGCAGGAUAUUAACUUAAUUUAUCCGUCAGCAAGUCCAACUGAAUUCACAGAAGCAGUCAUGCAAUGCAUUGACAAUUUGCGAAACAACACAUUACAGUACUCGAAGUGCCAAAUAAUUGUCGAAGAAAUACCUAUGUUACGUCGAUAUGACAUCCAUCUGCCUUGUGGCAUCAAGCUUAAUUUUUCAUACAUCUCUUCUAUGGAGGAUGGUAAUAAUUCACUUUGUCACAUUCUUAACGGUUUUGAUAUUGACAUCUGUCAAGUUGCAUAUACAGGAAAACAAAUUAUUUGUACCUUUGCGUUUUUGCAAGCUAUAGCAACGAAGUCUUUUGUUGUUUAUAGCUUGCAUGGCGCAAUUAGAAAGGAUGUUUGUAUACGGAUUGAUAAGUAUAACAAACGAGGAUUCUCUUUACUCGAACCCAGAAACUUCGACGGAAACUUCACUCAUUUGAUCAAUCAAACUCUUACGCCACUGUAUCGUAUUGAACACCAAGAAAUUAUUAAUGAUGACGGAGAGGUACAAUCUCUAAAUCGUAUCGAUUACAAACUUAUUUGGUUUACUUCUUCCUUAGCUAUCAUGUCAUCAUCGACUCAUGCAAGCACACCAAUUAACGCAACUGAUGAUUCACGACCAUUGGAAUCACCUGUUAAACAUAAAGAACAAUCAUCGUGUGCUACGAACAUAGGGAAAACAGCAGGUCUUGAUGUGAAGUUUGUCAAAGCAAGUGAAUUUGCUUCUUCUGCGGAAAAAAGUGCAAAGAUUGAACAAAAUGAAAUAACAGACGAAGAAUUGCUUCAAAUGGCGGUUAUGUUUGAAAAUAAGCACUUAGAAUUUCUUUCCAACGUUAAAAAAAAUUGGAGAGCAGCAGCUAAGACUAUACUUGCUAAUAGUGAUCAACGUAAACAAUAUAAAGCUGAUAAACAAAUCAAUGAUAAAUAUGGUGUAUUAUAA